AUGGCGUUGAAGAAGCAGUACGAGAUGGAUCGCGUCUGGAGGGACUUUGAGCCUGCGGAUGAGUCCCUCAGUCACCUCGACGGACCGUCUUAUGGGGAGUCAUCAAAAAGCUGCUUUUCAAUUACGAGUGAUAGUCUCUUAUCUACCAAGAACCUCAAUCAUUAUCGAGAGAUUCGGGGUGAACAAGACUGGGCAUCAUGGAAGACAGAUUGUGUUCCAGCCGUCACCAGCACCUCCAAGCCAUCCUUCUCUCUCCUAAUGUGCCCUCGGAAGGAAAUCACAGAGGUCGACCCUAAGGUUUUUUCACGGGUCCAGCAUUAUCGCAUGGCCUUGUCCUGGAUCCCCAUUCAAAAGACCAAGUUCAAAGAUGUCUUGACGCGAAUGCACGUACCCUCAGUCUUCAUGGACAUGGUCAAGCGACCUAGGACCGUCUUCAAGAGGUUGAAGAGCUCUGUGCAAGGCCAGCCCUGCGAAGUGUACAUACUAUCUGUGGACUCAAUAUUGACGCAGUACACGGCCAUGAGCGUCACCUACUUUCCCAAUACCCAGCAAGUCUUUGGCAUCUUCCUAGGAUACGGUUCUCCGGACGACGUCACGAAUAUGGCGUCGAAGCUCUUCAACAACAGGGGUUUCAUCCAUAAUCCGUUUGUUCUAAUAUCUGCCUUUUUAGAGCUCGAGAGGAAGCACCGCCUCAAGCAGGUAGACGACAUGAUUGACGGGCUAAGAAUCAAGAUCAGCAAAGGCCAACACAUCCAGAAACCCGAUGAGGAGACUUCCGACGAUCAGCCCGAGACCUUUUACGAGCUGUACAAUCAGGUUGGCGUGCUAAGAUCUCAGCUCAACAUGUGGAAGCUACAGCUCGACAAGCUUCUCAACGUGUGCCCGAAUCUCCCCGCUUUCAGCACCCUAGGCACCGAGGGCUUUGUGCUCGAGCCUGCAGACUACGUCACCGAAGUCCGAGAGAUCUUUGAGGAGAGUGCCAUGAGAUGCGAAAACGUUAUGCAGGCGACUUCACUUGCCUUUCAAAAGGAACUGGCUGAAGUUGCACGCCAAGACUCCAAAGUGGCAAUUGGCGAUGCCCAGCAGAUGAAGGCAAUUGCACUUUUAACAAUGUUUUUCCUCCCAGCCACGGCAGUCGCGGGCUUUAUGGACGCGCCCGUGUAUGACUGGGAGGGCAAGGGCCACUACUUUUGGUACAUCGCAGGACCUCUUACUGGGGCGGUCAUGCUGAUGUACUUUGUGUGGACAACCGUGCUAAAGACGAGAUGA